GUCUUAAAUUCAAUACUCAUUCAGUCAGUAUCGUGUGUGUAUCAUAAUAAUUUAUAUGCAAUAAUUGUGUGAGAAACGAAGUAGUUUUUACUUUCGCUUAUUCAAAAUAUAUCAGCUUUAUUAAAAAUAAUGAAUUCUGAAAUUGUUAAAAACAUGGAACUUUCCUUGAGCCCACAAGGAUUGGAAUUAGAAUAUCAGAGUGUGUUCACUCAAGAAUCUGUAGCAUUUGUAUUCAACCUGGUGACAGAAUUUCAGCCCAGGGUUGACCAGAUUUUAAGGCAAAGAAAACUUCGUAAAUUGGAGUUGGAGAUAUCAAAUGUCCUCCCAGAUUUCUCAUCACUGGAUUUUCCUGGGGAAUCUGCAGGGUGGACAAUUUCUCCGCUUCCUCAACGCUUGCAGAAUCGCCAGCUUGAUUUGGGGGAUGUCGCCCCACACGACUCAAAUUUGCUUAAAAAUGCGCUUCAAGCCAAUGUCCAAGGCAUUCAGGUCGAUUUUGAUGAUGGCAAUUGCCCGUCUUGGGCAAAUCAAAUUAAGGGCAUUGCCAAUGUAAUUAAAGUUAUCAAAGGAGAUUUCUUCCCCAAUGAAAUCCCUUCACUUGAACAGUCCCCACUUUUACUUCUACGACCAAGGGCGUGGAACAUGAAUGAGCAUAACCUCAUGAUCAAUGGGAAGGAAGUCCCUGGUCCAAUGAUGGAUUUUGGAAUAUUGAUAUCUAGCAUUGGAAAAAGUCUUUUCGAAAAAGGAGUUGGACCUUAUUUUUAUUUGCCAAAACUGGAAAAUGCAGCUGAAGCAAAAUUAUGGGACGACAUUUUCACGUGGUCGGAAAAGUCACUUGACCUACCUUUUGGAGCUAUAAAGGCGUGUGUUCUCAUCGAAAACAUAUUGGCAGCAUUUGAAGCAGAGAAAAUCCUCUUCGAGUUACGACAUCACUCUUUCGGAUUAAACUGCGGCGUAUGGGAUUAUGCAGCGUCCAUAAUAAACAAACUUGGAGGAAAACCGGAUUUUGUAAUACCCGAUAGGAACAAGUAUGUAAAUCUUGAGCAACCUUUUCUUCAAAACUACAUGAGGUUGGUAAUCUCGGUGUGUCAAAAGCAUGGAGCCCCAUGCACUGGUGGAAUGGUUCCGUUUAUGUUGGACUCGUUCGAUGUCGCUGAAAAAAACAAGAUAUUGAUUAAUAUAAUGAAGACUAAGCGAAAAGAAUUACAAAUGGGCAUCAACGGGUUCCUGACUUAUGACAUUGGAAGUGUACCAAUAUUUCAAGGAUCACUAUUUUCAAAUUCCAGUGACCCAGACUUACCACCACCCGUGCCAGCAGCUUGUUCGGUCGACGAAAACGCUAUUUUUACGAAUCAAGAUCUCUUGAAAAUUCCGGCCGGUGGAGUUACACAUUUCGGUCUUGUAAAAAACAUUCGAGUUGGAACGCUGUUUAUUUAUUCAUGGAUUGCAGAAGGGAAAGGACAUUUUAUUUUGGACGGGUGUGUAGAAGAUUCGGCAACGGCAGAGAUCAGCAGAUCACAAGUUUGGCAGUGGAUUUAUCAUGGGGUGAAAUUGGAAGAUGAAUCUCAAGAAAAAGUUACAAAAACUUUAGUCAGUCAAAUGGUCUGGAGGGGAUUUGCUGAACUUAUGAACCCUAAUCAAGGGUCGGUUUCUUACAACCAGAAACACUUAGAGACAUCAUGCGAUAUAUUUUUGGAGUUGGUAACAGCGCAUGACUUCCCAGAAUUUAUGACAACUUAUCUUUACAACAAUUCUUUAUUUCGAAAACUGCAAGACUCUUGAGUUGAGAUUUACGUAGUACGACAGGGUACAGCUAUUAAACCUGGGUUUGUUCCUUUCAAAUUCACCUAAAUUAUUGAAUAUAUUACUCAAAAUAAAAUUCUAUUGUCAAUGACUAUUUCAAAAUUAUACAUUUUUCGUAUAAAACUCAUCAAUCAUACAUACAUACAUAUAUGCUUAAGAUUAGCUGACAGAAUGUAACGAACAUAUUAUAAACAUGUUGUUUUGUUGAAUAAAACUAAAAACGAAUCCGGAAAA